CCUGACUCUUUGCUUUGCUUGUCAACGGCGAACGGCGCAAGAAAGGUAAAUAUUUUCUAAUGAAAACAGACAAAAACAAAUAAAAUCGCCAAUCAAAAAUUUCGUAAAUUUCAAUGUUAGAGUGCCCAGUGCUGCGUAACAUAAGAUGUGAACAACAUUAGGUCUCGCCUAUUUGCCACCAAGCAAUCUGUAAACGGAACACCUUUAAUAGCAUCGAAAUCUUUUGAAGCAAUCUAGAUCCAGGUCCACUAUCAAGAGAGCGGAAGCAAUGCUGACGACAAAGUAUUUUUUCCUCCUGAUCCUCAUAGCCGCCGGGUUAGUUUUCAUUGUGCUUUUUCACUGGUUUGCUGCAAACUACGGGCCAGAUGAGCAGCGAACGGCGUCAAUGCAAUUCGGUGCAGGAGGGAAUUCGGAUAGACUGCUCCAGAAUAGUGUACGACAUUGGCAAACGAUGACCAACCUGGAAGACCCCGCGCUCAAGACAAUAAACUUCGAUGAACAGCUCGUCGUUAUUUACAAUCGUGUUCCUAAGACCGGAAGCACCAGUUUUGUAAAUCUUACCUAUGAUCUCUGCCGGAAGAACGCAUUCCACGUGCUCCACAUUAAUAUCACAGCUAACAUGCACGUGAUGUCCCUCCCAAACCAAAUUCGCUUUGUGCGAAAUGUGACAGCGUGGGAUGCGAUGAAACCGGCCUUCUACCAUGGCCAUUUAGCCUAUUUGAACUUUGCCAAGUUGGGUGUUCCGGCUGCCAGGCCACUAUAUAUAAACUUGAUCCGGAAACCGUUAGACCGAUUGGUUUCGUAUUACUAUUUUCUGCGCUAUGGUGAUGAUUAUAGACCUCAUUUAGUGCGCCAUCGAGCCGGCGAUACGAUGACGUUCGAUGAUUGCGUCGCUCGCCAGAAACCCGAUUGUGACCCAACGAACAUGUGGCUCCAGAUACCGUUCUUUUGUGGACAUGCGGCGGAGUGCUGGAAACCAGGCAGCAAAUGGGCUCUGGAGCAGGCUAAGAGGAAUCUAGUCAACGAGUAUUUUCUCGUGGGGGUCACCGAAGAAAUGGAAGAGUUCAUCGAGCUGCUGGAAGUUGCACUCCCCAGACUCUUCACGGGAGCCGUUGACCAUUUUCGCAAAUCAAAUAAGUCGCAUCUACGUCGAACCAAAUCCAAGGUGGAUCCUCAGCCGCAAACCGUUAGCCAAAUCCAGAAAUCCGCCAUCUGGCAGAUGGAAAACGAGUUGUACGAAUUUGCCCUGGAGCAGUUCCAUUUUAUGCAGAAAAAACUCCGCACUCCAACAGGUAAGAGCCCAAUGCAAGAUUUUUUCUACGAAAAGAUAAAGCCAAAUUCAGUGGUUACCGGGAAUCGCAACUAGCCCAGAAGACGGGGAGCGGCCCGUCGGCACAGGGGAAGGGGGGUGAAAGACUUUAAUUAAUAUUAGUCAGGAGCGAGAAGGACGGAGGAGAACUGAAAGGAUAUUGAAUCGUGAGUCUAGAAACUAGUGCUGUUGAUUAGUUCGUAAAUUUUGUUAGCGAAAGUGGGGUGAUUUUUCGAUUCUUCAACGAAUUGGUGAAACAUUUAGUUUAUAUAGUAUCUAGUAGAAAAAAAAGACCAUUUUUAAAGAAGUUUGUACAAGUAGUUGGUACCUUCAGUUUACCUCAUUUGUAAAUAGCUUGCUUAAGUUCAUUCCACAGCGAUUUGAUUCUAAAACCGUAUCUUUCCUAAUUUUUAAAAGGCGUCGAACACUUUUAAAUAACUUAGUCAAAUCACUGAUAAAAGUCAACACAUGAUAAUAAUGAAACGAUACAAAUUCAAUAAUAAUAAAACACUUUUUAUAUUAUCGUAAA